UCCCCAAGUACUGCACGGUGCCUUUCUCUAGCCCACCCAGAUUAAUGUAUGCACUGGAGUACACCACACAGGGAUUCUGCGUUCUGAGCAAUUCUCCUUGCUCAUGCUUGUGAGCCUCCUUUAGCAAGGUGAUCAUUUGAUGACUGUCGCUGGUCCGUUGUCUACGGUAAGGUACUACGUACCUGAACCUCAGGGUCCACUACUCCCCGACCGCCCGGCAGAGUAUCUCGUCGCCACUUUUUUUUUCAACCAGGCUGUCGCGGCUGCCCAGAAGUGAGAACAUUGUCAAAAUUCGGACCUACAAGAGGACGACUUGCGAUUGCCUCAGCACCUUCACGACCCUACCUCCCGAUCAAAUCAAACACAAAUUCGUAGACGGACCGGGAAAAAACAGGCGGCAAACAUGGACCCAGAGGCUUCCGCCGCGCCCAGCGCUCCGAUGGCUGACCUGAAGGCGGCCAAGGCGAAGCGUGCCAACGAAGCGCGCGCCAAGCGCACCGAGGAGCGCAAAGCAAAGCGUCGCAUCAAGGCCGAAGCCAAGAAGGCCCGCAAAGCCAACGUCAAGCCCUCGGCCAAGUGGACACCGGAGCGCAAAGCAGAACUGAAGGCAAAGGGGAAAGCCAAGCGCCCAGCCAAGACCGAGCGGAAAAAGGCACGCCUGCUCAUCCGGGCGCAGAAGCUGCGGACGCAGGCCGAGAAGAUGCUAGCCGAGGCCAGGAAGGCUGAAUUGCAACACCAGCAGUGGGUUCGAGAGCAGGCGAAGUUGAAGGAGGCCGAAGGGAACGAGGACGCCGAUAUGAAAGACGAUACAUCUGAUUCGGAGUCGAGCUCCGACUCGGACUCUGACUCUUCCGACUCCACCUCCAGCUCUGACUCGGGAUCCGAAUCGGACGACGGCGGCGUAGCUGUCAAAAAAGAGGUCAAGACUGUGCCAGCCGACGAGGUUGUCAUGAAGAAACGACGUGAGAGCGACGCUGCCUCCGUUCUGAGCGUGCCCCCGGCCUCCGACACCGAAACGAAGAAGAGCAAGAAGGACAAGAAGAAGGGAAAGAAAGAAAAGGACGUCAAGGAGCCAACCAAGAAGCGCAAGAGCGAGGAUGAUGACGAGAAGAAGACCAAGUCGAAGAAGCGCAAGUCCGAGGACGUCGCCGAGGAUGCCGCCGCCGGCGACAGUGAGAACUGGAACGUGGACGAGCUCGAAGGAGGCGAGGCUCGCCAGGCCAAGAUGAUGCGCCUCUUGGGUGGUGGCAAGGCCAGCGCACCGGCAGCGGCCAAGAAGGCAGCCAAGUCAAAGGGCAGCUCGACAAAGGCGGAAGCAGAGAUUCAGCGCCAGUUUGAGGAGGGCAUGAAGGUGAAGAACGAAGGCGGCAACCAUCGUCGUGGUCUAGGAGCGUAGGGAAGAUCAAUCAAUACCAGUGGAACGAGCAGAUCAAUGGUCCCUCCAAAACUGGGACGGACGGAUAUCCCACGCCGGUUGAUUUUGUCAAUGGAAAAGUGAUAAUUAACUUAUGGAAAAUGCGCGGUCGCUGUGAGCAGCCUAAGCCCGCACGCAAGAAACCCCAUGAAACGACCGCCGUUGCCUUUUGCCCGUUGCGCCAUGUAUAUAUGUACACGUAAAUGAUUUUUCUCCAUGUCGAACCCGUGC